ACUCGAACCGGUGUGAGUGGAGAGUCAGAUUCAACCCGUCCCUUCGGGGACUUCUGUUCGUUAGGGGCCAGGCAGUCCUUUGCUCCGCAAAGUUCGGGUCAAAGAGAUCUAGGUUUCCCGGGGCUCUGGAUAUUCCACGAGGUGAUUGCUCAGGCAAGGAGGUAUUUAGUAGGGAAAUACUUACAGAAUCAGGGUCUGAGCGGAUAUCAAAGACCCUAUUUUCCAUGAUAUCCUCUUCUAUGUUUCCUUUGCGAGUCUUUCUGCUUCGUCCGUUAGCAUUGAUAUCAUUCAAAUGGCCGACUUCCUCUUUCCCGCGUUCGAGCAGCGGAUUCGCUCUCACAGGAGGCUCCUCUACCCUGCAUUCUUAACAGACUUGGUUCGAGGCGCUUCAGACGCUAUUGAAGCACUCGAGUUGUUCCGCGGCCUCCUCCUGGGGACCAACAAUGGUCCACAGUCAGUUGGUUUCAUGGCCUUCGAUGCACACGGAGGAGAUACAGCAUGUCAUCUUCGAGCAGGGAUGUUGCUUGAAGUCUUCUCAGUGCACCGCCAACUGAUACUCGACCAAACUGUCGGGACACCAAGGAUCCCCUUGUGGAUCAACAAGUAUAUCCAAUCGUUGGAAGAAACACGUGAGCGAGCAAAGAAACUCUGCGCGGCACUCACAUAUGACCGAGUUCAUCCAACGAGGCUCGGUUUAGGGGCCAAAGAGGACACAUCUGAACAUAUACUCGGCGUCUUGGGAUGGACAGAGCCUUUCUUCCCGCGAAACCGCGAGGGUUUAUACGGCAGCAUCGAGCCUUCCGGGGAGAGCCAGAAAGGCGUCCCUUUUAUCACUGUCUUGAAUAACGGGAACUUAACCCCCGCCUCUCUCGAGAGCCCCGAGAGCCCCGAGAACCCCGACCUCGAAGACCCUGGGCUUCUUAGCAAUCAGCUCUCGUGCUUGAAUCUGGCAGGACUCCCUCUUGAGCUCGAUCACACAAAGCAAAAUUGGCUCCAUGGUGCUGGAAGACACGGUCCCCUCCAUUCCGCCUAUGAGUGGAACAUUGGGGUUCCCCCUUCAAGUCCACCAAGGAGCCCCUCGUCCGGAGCCACUCCUUCCAUUGAUGACUUCGAAAGUGAUGUCUCCCCUCUUCAAACGCGAUGGGACCUCCUCGAUGGUAGGCUUGUGGUUCGAUUCAUUGUUUUUUCCUAUAUCCUCUCAAAGUACAAGACAUUCUUUUGUUCCAGGGACGUCGUCGGCGCUCGUCUAUAUCCGGAAGGUGCAGUCAGCCGCGGAUAUGAGUUGAUGGAGCAGUCCUGGAAUUUCAAAAACGUGGAAUAUAAGAAAGCAAAGCUUGAGAGAAUGGCGCUGGAGCUCAGAGCUCUUCAGAUGUGGCUAUCCGAUUUCAGCUGCGCCUGGCUGCAGUCCCUUUCGGUGAGAUACUCUCCAUCAAGUAACAUGGCAAGACUGCUGCUCGGAACAGUCCAAAAGUCUGCCAAAGGGUUGACAGCGGCGGCUUGCUAUCCCGGUUAUAUCCUUCUCCGCAACGAACUUGCUCGAGAGGAACAGACCUUCGUCAUGAUUGACCGGCACUUCUGUCCACAUGGAAUCCAUUUCAAUGUGUUCCUAGCAGAUCUCCACCAUACAGGUAACAAGGAAGAUCAAGAGACUCGCUGCGACACGCGGCUCGAGCCUGUCGAUUGGAAGGUCAGACAAGUGACGCUUGACGACCUUUAUAGUUUGCCGAAUCAGUCAAGGCCCCAUCCUGUCGUGAUGGGUAAUAGCAUCCAGGGUGCGUCCGCAGAUUACAUCGCACGCUUAUCAUCUCACUACACUUCAGAUCCUGUGCGAACAAGCCUUCAUGAAGACUCCUCGUGCGAAGAGAAUGCGGCACAUAUAGAAGAAUUCCUUGCUGCGGAUCAUGAUAGGCUAUCUCUGUCCUUCUUUGCUGCCCACAAAAGCUAUGCCUUCCCUCUCGCAAAUGCACAGGAUGAAGUAGAAUUUGUGGGUUCAAGAAUGGAUGAAGAAUGGCCCGGCCUUCGCGAGCGAUGGCUCGCGUCUCGAGAGGAGAUUUCCACAUUAGGGGGCGGCGAUCAAGGCCUCCAUCUCUUCGGUUGGCAGCAUAUGUUCGUCGAUACCAAAGAACGCUUGGCUCAUAAGUUGGAUGUUUGGAUCAAGAAUGGGGAACUGAUGCCGUUGUCUGCAGAUGUCACGGCGAGGAAGUAAUGUAUUGGUUGGAUCUCUGUGAUGUUAAUGAUAUCCCACGUUUCAUGUCCAUCGGUUAGUCGAUAGUAAAUAAUGGAGAAACUCAAAUCGAUAUCCCGGUCUGGCUUAUUAACCUUGUCGCGAGGUGCCACGACUCCAAGAUCGGACAGUUUCUGGUAAUCUGGGAUACACCAUUGCUACUGGAGGUAUCGCAGGAUAGGUAAGCUGCAGCAUUUUUACUCCUGCCUUCCUGCAUCCCUUCAUCCCUUAUAUCCCGUGCCUCGCAAAGCUGAAUUUCCAGGAAGAUGGCGAUAUAAGCCGUUGCUGUGGGGUGAAGUCAUUCAAAGUCAUUAUUGAUGCGCUUGGGGGCGCGGGGUUUCCCGUAUUCGAGAUAAGCUUGCUCCCUCGACCAGUUAGCCGUUCUUUUGGAAGUGGAAGCCCAUUUCACCUUCGGUCUUUUGGU